CUACUUUCUGUAAACACGUCAUUGUGACAACAUGACGAAUUGUAUAAAAACAUUCGACUUGGACAUCGGGAGUCCAGUUUAAUUCUUUUGUUUCAACAAUAAGUGUGGAAUUUAAAAUUCAUCCAUUUUACAUCUGUUGGACCUUUACACCCACACAAGAAUGGAAACCUUACCUCAAAAAAUUAUUGACAUAGAAACAAUAUGUCGUGAAUAUUUUUAUGUCUGUGACUUAGCCCAAAAAGAUUCUCCAGUAAGUUUGGAGAGACUUCAUGUCUCAUGGUAUGAUGUCAGAUGGAGAGACGAUACAGCAAGCCAAUCGAAACCUUACAUCAGAAAUAUCAACGUAAACUACGCCCCUGGAGCGAGUGACACUCUCAGUGAUCUAGUUGUUACGAAAACCAAUAAGAAAGAAAGAGAGCUGAAAUUCACAGAUUUGCUCGUAAGAGGAUUAUACGAUAAAAAUGAAAUAGUACUCAGUUUAGACUCUAAUGUGCUAGAUGGCGAUAUGUGUCGUCUGUUCAGUGAAUCCAUGAAAGUCAACAUUGGUCAAGAGGUGAAUAUCUUAGCGACCCAAGACCCGUCCGGUAAUGUUGAAGAACAUGCAACAAACAAAAAGCAACAGAAUGCCAAGAUUGUAGACCAGCCCAACCAUUGUUUUGCUACUUUCUGGUUUACACUGGAGCUUAGCGGCAUAGUCCGUUGCUUGUCUUAUGGUUAUCCUGAGCAGACUAUUGAAGAAAUAUUUCGCAGAAUGGGAUGCGGACCAACCCAAUUUGGUAUGACCGGAACCUGUACUUUCAAUUGGGCAUCUAAGCCUAAAAUCUCUUGGCACUACUAGAGUCCCCUUACAGGCAGUUUGUGAUGAAUGCUUCAGAAAUAUGUGUGUUUGAUAUUGUGUUUGAUUAAUGUUUUUGUUUUUUUACAAAUAUAUAUUUAAAAGUCUGAAAGUAAUGAUGCAGUUUUAUUCAUUUUCUAAUUUAUAAAUUACAGUUUAUUGUGUAUAGGCUACGUACUACGUAAAGAAUUAAAUUAGCUUGAUUUUAACUUCUUAUCUUCCAACGUUUUACUUUUGUUACAUGCAAUGUUACAUGCGUAGAAAAUUACUAUUUUUAUUUGCAUCUCAUUAUGUGUUUGUUAUCAUGAAUUUUUAAUAAAUAAGCUAUUUGUUAGUUCUUUUGUCUUUAUAAUUUCAAGGUUAUUAAUAUUGGCCUAGGCCUUAAAACUAAAUGUUAAAUACUUUUUUAUGCAUAACUUUAGUGAAAACGUAUCAAACAGGAUGAAAGGGUUAGUCAUUGAAAGAUAAGAGAUGUAUUCAUGAAUUAAAGUUAAAAUACGAUGAUAAUAAAGUGCAAUUUCAUACUCAUAAGAAUAAUAAAGUCAAAAGCAUU